AACGAGGCGCAACCGGCCCUGGAGCACCUCGCCGGGAGUUCCGCCGCGCGCGAACGCGCCCUCCGGCGGUUUGAUCGGGACGAACCCCCGCCAUACGUGUCGUCGACCGAGGAAGACCCCGAGGAAGGGUACGAGCGCUUGGCUCUCCAGGCAGCUGGCGCUAUAAUGCCCGACGAGAUGAAUCGGCUGUUGAACGAACCUCUCGACGAUGCCGAGCGCGACAGGGUGGCAUUGGGCUUAGCAAGUUCGGGUCGACAGCGAGCAUACCACCCCGGCGAACGCUACGACAAGGAGUUGGAACUCGAAAAGUAUCGCAUCGAGACAUGGGCCAGCCGUAGCGCCAACGACGAGACGAAGGAUUAUCUUAGGCAGCUGGGGUCGGCAAAGAAGGGGCGAGCGGGCCGCGAACGCGUGAAUAUAAUUGCACGCCGCAACAUCCGGCGGCGAUGGCAGAAGCUCGGUGUUUGGAAUCCGGCAUGGGGCAUACCCGGCCGGGCGGACAAUCCAGAUCUCAGCGACGAGACGUAUGAUUGGAAAUGGCGGUGGCAGCAAGACGUCCCCGAUGCCGGCUGGCUUCCCAAAACCCACAAAAUAGCCCAGAAUCCAGACCAUCCGGUGACGCGUGUGGUGCAGUUGCGCGAGGGCGUGCGGCGGGGCGAGCACAGUCCGGUACAGCCACGCUCGUGCCUCGGGGAGGAUGCCUCGAUCUCACAGGCAGAGUCUUUCAUCACGUCGCGGCCCUGGUUCAUGUUUAGGGUCGAGCUCCGCGAGGAGGGCCAGAGACUGGAACGAGUAUCGGCGCAGAUAAGGCGACACUACGACUUAUCGGCUCCCACAAUCGUCAAGGGGCGCUGGAAAGACAGAGGUGACUGGCAGGCGGGCUGGCAAAAAUCUACAGGCGACGAGCUGAUCGGGUGGAAGUGGCGCCACGAAAGCCCCAGCCCGGAACCCGAAGACCUCUCGGGGCUCAACAACCUAGCCACGUUCGAGUUCAGCCCGUCCGAAGCCGACGCGCUCGAGGCCAUCCCGCCACCGACGCCGACGCCACCA